AUAGGAAGUGAAGAGUCGGCAGUGACAUGGAGGCAGACUCGCUGCCAAGGAAGUGAGCUGAGUUUCUGUUUUCAGUGAUACGAACAAAAGAAGUACAGAACUAAAUGGCCAUGGAAGCCAUCUUUGCUACCCUGGCUUGUUACCUUCUGGUCAUUCCUUUCGCUGCGGCACAAACACAGGGGAAGAAUUUGACACCAACAAUAACAACCCCUGAUUUAAACAUGACACACACACCUACAAUGUUAUCUUCUACUAACUCUACUGGACAUGGAACUGUUAUCUCAAGCUCCACGGAGAACACGACUCCAUUUACCAGCACGACCGGGAACAAUGACACCUUCACCCAAACUACAGCAGCUACAUCUGAGAGCACAAGUCAUCUCCAGACUUCUCAGUCAACAACCAACAUGACUCCUCUAACAAAAACACCUGGCACUCCUACGUCUACUGCACUGACAACCUCAAAGACGCAGGUCACAGCAGGUUACAUAAGUACAGCAGAUACGACAGUAAUCACAACUGUAAAUUCAUCUCUCACUGUCAAGACAACCUUAGAUCCAGUUAACAAAACCGCACAAGGUUUGGUACUAAACAUUUCAGAAAAAAAUAUGACUAUUGUCUUCAGCGUUGUACUUGGAGUGUUUGCCCUGGCAGUGGUUGUGUUCAUGUUUCAAAAAUGCAAACAUAAAAUCCAAUACAUGCAUCAGCCUCUAAACAACACUGGUGACAUGGCAGGUGAUUUUGUGGCAGACGAUGACACACUUGUCAUUUCUGGAGGACUUUAUGAUGGCCAUCCAAUAUACGACAACGUGCCAACAAUCCAAGCAGACCAAUCUCAAUUUCGUCUCCAGUUCUUUCAAUAAGGAGACGGGAGUUCCCAAAGUUUGAGGUGUCACCUUCGGAGCUUCUUCUCUUCCACUAAUUAAUACAAUUUCAAGACAUUUAAUUACUGUGAAAUAUAAAUUCUUCAUGAGAGGCUGACGGCAGAGAGGAAGGGAACAUACCGAUGGGCAGAACAUUCAAACAAGGACAACGCUGAUCGAUUUGAACAUUUAUUUUACUUAAUUUACUGUCAAUAUUUUAAAAUGUUAAUAUAUUAAGUUAGUAAUACAUAAAUAAACCAUUUCCGACACCAACAAUAUAAACUUGUGCAGAAGUAAUUUCAUUGCAUGUGAACACCAGUAAAGAUAAGUCAUACAAUACGACAGCGCUACAAAAAACUCUGCAGUCACUUAAAUCUCCUCCAAACCCAACAAAAACUUGCUAAAAACGUUGGAAUAUGA